GCGCCGCGCUCGGCCUGAUUUACGGCUGUGCUGCAAACGGCCGCCCCGCCGGGCCGCAACGGCACCGGCAACAAGUGAGGUGAGUGCGGGAGCGGCGACCUUGCGGCCGGCUGAGGCCCGAGCCGCGGCCCGGCCCCUCUCCGCUCCCGCUAGGCCCAGGCGACGGCCGAGGCGAGCGGAGUGGACCCGCGUCGCCGAGGCCCUGCGGCUGGCCGCGCCGGGCGGGUGCUUCCCCGGGCGCCGGGAAGAGAUGGAGCGGUACUCCUGGUAGCCCCCGGGAAAGUUUCCCAAGUUUGCCGGCGGGCCUGCCGGGUUGCCCCGGCCCUGGGCGGGCGAGGACGCGGGCUGUUCUCUGCCAGCCAGGGCCCUGCAAGGAAUGCAACAGACGGCCCGGGAUGAAGGUAGGCACUCCUGGCAGGAGCCGCUCGGGAGCGUCAGUCUCCCCUUCCGCUGCCCGCGAUGCGGCGACCACACCAGGUUCCGGAGCCUCUCCUCGCUGCGGGUGCACCUGGAGUACAGCCACAGCUACGAGGAGAGAAGCCUCUUGAGCAAGAGCAGCCUGUUCUCGCCCCCGAAGGACGUGGAGCUGCUCUCCCCGCCGGAGCCUACCGCCCAGGGCAGCCUGGGGAGCCCUGGCAGCGCCGUACAACAGAAGGGUUCCUACCUGAAUUUCUGCGAGGCGACCUGCGAGAGCUCGAAGCGCGGGCAGCCUCUGGAGGUGGAAGCCGAGCGGCCCGGCUCCUAUGUUGCGAACUAUGUGUCGGCUGAGUCGCCCAGCGAGCACAUACCCAAAGCCGGCCUCUCGGGCGCUGACUCCAAAACCUUCUUCGAGGCACACGUUAGAGAAAAGUUUAACAGGAUGGUAGAGGCCGUGGACAAAACGAUCGAGAAGCGAAUCGAGAAGCUUACCAAAGAGCUGGCCCAGAAGACGGCAGAGCUGCUAGAGGUGCGGGCAGCUUUUGUGCAGCUGUCCCAGAAGAAGCAAGAGGUGCAGCGCCGGGAGCGGGCCCUGAGUAGGCAAGUGGACGUGGCGGUGGAGAUGAUCGCGGCCUUGAAGCAGCGCCUUAGCGAGUCCGAGGAGGAGCUUCACCGCAGAGAGGAAGAAGUUGUUACUUUCAACCACUUCCUGGAGGAAGCAGCAGAAAAAGAAGUGCGGGGAAAGGCCAGGCUGCAGCACUUCAUUGAGAACCUCUUGCAGCGCGUGGAUCUGGCAGAGAGGCAGCUAGAAUACUACCAAAGUCAUCAGCUGGUGUGCAACCACACUGACAUCAGUGAGCACGUGUUUACAGACAUUUCAUUAAAUAAGAAACCCAGAUGCCUGAGCCGAGGAAGUCAGCAUGCUUCAUAUAACAUCCCUGAUGCAAGGCCUCAUUCCUUUCAAAAAGGAAGAAUCUUGUUGAAAAAAGCAAAGGAUGAAAAAACCAGCUUGCAGCCAGUGAAAUGCUUCCAUGAACCAGUUGAUUGCCCAAGAGAAAUCUGGAGAGCCCAAAAGAAAGGUGAACCAGUCUCCUCUGCCAGGAAAGUGAGUGCAAAAUCGAAGAUGGGUAAAAAGGCAAAACCGCUAUAGGAAUGGUUAGCAACAUAUAGGAAUGCAGGAGCUUGGCUUCACCAGAAUGGAUACUGAAUGAAGUCAGCCAGCCUACUUUUUCCUGUCCAUCUGGCCAUGCCGAAACAUCUCAGAUACAAUCUAUAGAAAUAUAUCCAGUAUGGAAGGUUUGUAUUGUCUGUAUGUCAUUCCCUCUUUGGGCAUUGGGAGAGAAGUGACUUUGUGUUUACAUGGAGGAUUUUCUAUGUAUUUAUUUGGCUUAUUUUAAAUUACUGCAGUUAUCUUGCUGGGCAGUACUGUGGCUGUAUGUUUAAUUAUUUUAGUGACAGCAUGUGGCUUGGUAAUUUAUUUUCUGUUGGUGCUGUUGCUGAAUUUCAGGAGAAUCCAUUUAAUCGGCACUUCAAUAUUUAAUUUUUCAGCUUAGGUAGGUAUAAGAUCAACAAUUAACUGUUACUUGCACAGACAUAUUUAGCUGCUAAAGGUCUACCUGAGGUGCUUGAAGGCUGUUACAGCAGCAGAUUGCUGCUCUGGAUUUUCUGCUGGAAGCCCAUUUGAGUACAUUUCCAUACUUUAUUACAUACAUUAAACCAUUCAGUUCUGCUGGCAGCCACAUUGUCUGAUGGGACAAGCUUGGGCUGCUCCAGUGUCUCAAGCUCAGCUUUCAAAUUCCAGCAGCUUUAUGGCUUUGCUAUAUGUAGCAGCCUGCCAUGUCACUUAGCAAGGAGACCAGAAGCUGGUUCUGCAGCCCUGACAAGCAGAGAAUGCACUGAGCUAGAGGAGAAAUUCCAGUUCAAGUAAAAGGCUAAAGCAGCAUGUGACAUUGCAUGCCACCUUGUUCUGUGCCUCUGCCUGGGUUUGGGCCUAAAAUGGCUAUGAUCCUAACCAAAAUCCUUCACACUUUUAUCUCUGAAGAAUAUAUAGGGCUGGGAGACCUCUGAAUUUCAACUAAAAACCUAAGGGCAAGGAAUUUAGAGAACUGCCUGUGUUUACAUUGCUUUGUGCCAAUUGAAAGGAUCCUUAUUUAUCAGAGUAUUUAUCAAGAUCAUUUUCUGU